UCCUCCCCGGACAGCAUGAGCUUCUCCACCCGCUCCAGCACCUUCUCCACCAGCUACCGGUCCCUGGGCUCCGUCCAGGCGUCCGGCCACCGGGCCCGGCCGGCCAGCAGCGCGGCCAGCGUCUAUGCAGGCGCCGGGGGCUCGGGCUCCCGCAUCUCCGUGUCCCGCUCCACCAACUUCCGGAGCGGCUGGGGGUCUGGGAGCUUGGCCGCGGGGAUGGCUGGGGGGAUGGCGGGAAUAGGGAACAUCCAGGGCGAGAAGGAGACCAUGCAAGACCUGAACGACCGCCUGGCCUCCUACCUGGACAAAGUGAGGAGGCUGGAGAGUGAAAAUCGGAAGCUGGAUAGCAAAAUCCGGGAACACCUGGAGAAGAAGGGGCCGCCAGCCAGCCAGCUGAAGGCCGGGCAGGAGGGCAGAGUGCUGGGAUUCCGGAGCCCAGAAAAGGAGGGAACAAUCUUUGCAAAUUCCGUGGACAAUGCCCGCAUCGUUCUCCAGAUUGACAAUGCCCGUCUUGCUGCUGAUGACUUUAAAGUCAAGUAUGAGACAGAGCUGGCCAUGCGCCAGUCUGUGGAGAGCGACAUCCAUGGGCUCCGCAAGGUCAUUGAUGACACCAAUGUCACCCGGCUGCAGCUAGAGACAGAGAUUGAGGCUCUCAAGGAGGAGCUGCUCUUCAUGAAGAAGAACCAUGAAGAGGAAGUAAAAGGCCUACAAGCCCAGAUUGCCAACUCUGGGUUGACCGUGGAAGUAGAUGCCCCCCAAUCUCAAGACCUCAACAAGAUCUUGGCAGACAUCCGGGCCCAGUAUGAACAACUGGCUCAGAAGAACCGAGAGGAACUGGACAAGUACUGGACCACGCUGAUUGAGGAGCACACCAUAGUGAUCACCUCGCAGUCUGCUGAGAUUGGAGAUGCUGAAAUGAGGCUUAAAGAGCUGAGGCGUACUGUCCAGUCCUUGGAGAUCGACCUGGACUCAUUGAGAAAUCUGAAGGCCAGUUUGGAGAACAGUCUGAGGGAGGUGGAGAACCGCUAUGCCAUGCAGAUAGAGCAGCUCAAUGGGGUCCUGCUGCACUUGGAGUCAGAGCUGGCACAGACCCGGGCAGAGGGACAGCGCCAGGCCCAGGAGUACGAAGCACUGCUGAACAUCAAGGUCAAGCUGGAGGCUGAGAUCGCUACCUACCGCCGCCUGCUGGAAGACGGGGAGGACUUCAGUCUCACUGACGCCCUCGAUAGCGGCAACUUGAUGCAAACCAUCCAAAAGACCACCACCCGCAGGAUGGUGGAUGGCAAAGUGGUGUCUGAGACCAGUGACACCAAAGUUCUGAGGCACUGAGGCAACAGAAGCAGGGUACCUUUUGGGGAACAGAAGGCCAAUAAAAGUUCAGAAGUCAUUGGACAUCA